AUGUCCGAGGCCAAGAACAUCGUCUUCGAUAUAGUUGGCACGCUUGUGUCGCAUGAGCAUUUCUACGCCGUCAUCGACCAGCGCCUGGGCCCCAAACUCAAGGCCAACAACAUCUCCGCCCGUCUACUUGGUUAUUCAUGGCUCGAGAGCGCAGAGCGUGAAUAUACCUAUCUCUCGAUUUCGGGCUCUUACGUACCCUUCGCGAAGGUCUUCGAAUCCAUCUUCUUCCGCGUUCUGCAUUUCGCCGGCGCAGCGGAGCCGCGCAGUGUAGCGACUGAGGAAGAUGUGAAGUACUUCAUACAGGAGUACAGGAAGUGUGAGGUUCGGCCAGGCGCAAAGGAAUGUGUGGAUAUAAUGAAGAAGGCUGGUUGGACGGUCUGGGCGUUCACUAGUGGAGAUCGUCCAAGAGUUUUGGGAUACUUUGAGAGUGGCAACAUUGACAUCGACAACGAGCAUAUUGUUACUUGCGACGAUGUUGGUGUGGGAAAGCCAGAUCUCAAGGCGUAUGAGAAGCUGAAAGAAAAGAUCGGUGUUGACGGCAAAGCUGGUGAUCUUUGGUUUGCGGCUGCACACGGUUGGGACGUAAGCGCAGCGGGAAGGGCCGGAUUCAAAACAGCGUAUUGUUUGGUGUUGGAAAAGGAGGCCAUGGAUGACGUGUUCGGAAAGAUGGACAUUGUUGCCGAAACGUUGCCUGAACUUGCAGAGAAGGUGACUGCACAGUAA